UAAUAGUAUUCAUUAUUAAAUUCCAUGAACUUUCUUUGUUCCUCCCUGCAUGUUCCAUUGGCUCGUUUUUUGUCAUGAACGCAGAUUUUCACGAGGGCUUGACAGAGUCUUUCUUCGGUUUCAUUUCUCUUGUUUUGUCUCCUUUCACACCCUCUAUAUGAAUUAGGCCAAUAAAAUUACAUAGUAACUUAGUUGUUGCUCUAUUUCUUGCAGUGAGGCAAUGGGGAGAGCCACUAGGUGGGUGAAGAGUUUGUUUGGAAUAAGAAGAGAGAAAGAGAAGAAACUAAACUUCAGGUGUGGAGAGGCUAAAAGUAUGGAAUUGUGUUGUUCUGAGAGUACUAGUAAUUCAACAGUUUUGUGUCACAAUUCAGGGACUAUACCCCCCAACCUUUCUCAAGCUGAGGCUGCUUGGUUACAAUCAUUCUGCACAGAGAAGGAGCAAAACAAGCACGCCAUCGCAGUUGCUGCUGCCACGGCGGCAGCUGCUGAUGCUGCUGUGGCAGCAGCACAGGCUGCGGUGGCGGUUGUUAGGCUCACCAGCCAAGGAAGGGGUCGCACCAUGUUUGGUGUUGGACCUGAGAUGUGGGCUGCCAUCAAGAUUCAAACAGUGUUUAGAGGAUUCCUGGCAAGGAAGGCACUAAGGGCAUUAAAAGGAUUGGUGAAAUUGCAGGCACUUGUCAGAGGGUAUUUAGUGAGGAAGCUAGCAACAGCAACCCUGCAUAGUAUGCAGGCUCUUGUUAGAGCUCAAGCUAGAAUGCGGUCCCACAAAUCUCUCAGGCCCAUGACCACAAAGAAUGAAGCAUAUAAACCUCAUAAUAGAGCAAGAAGAUCCAUGGAGAGGUUUGAUGACACUAAGAGUGAGUGUGCAGUUCCAAUCCACAGUAGAAGGGUAUCAUCUUCUUUUGAUGCUACAAUUAACAACAGUGUUGAUGGGAGCCCCAAAAUAGUGGAAGUGGACACUUUCAGGCCUAAGUCAAGGUCUAGAAGGGCAAUUUCAGAUUUUGGUGAUGAACCAUCACUAGAAGCACUUUCUUCUCCCUUACCAGUUCCGUACAGAACCCCUACACGUUUGUCCAUACCAGACCAAAGGAAUAUUCAGGACUCUGAAUGGGGGUUAACAGGAGAAGAGUGCAGAUUCUCUACAGCACAUAGCACUCCGCGCUUCACAAAUUCUUGUACCUGUGGCUCAGUUGCACCAUUGACACCAAAGAGUGUGUGCACUGAUAACUACUUGUUCCUAAGGCAGUAUGGGAAUUUUCCAAACUACAUGACUAGUACUCAGUCUUUUAAGGCCAAAUUGAGGUCUCAUAGUGCUCCAAAGCAACGGCCAGAACCUGGUCCAAGGAAGAGGAUUUCCCUCAAUGAAAUGAUGGAGUCUAGGAAUAGUUUGAGUGGGGUUAGAAUGCAGAGGUCUUGCUCACAGGUUCAAGAAGUCAUUAAUUUCAAGAAUGUUGUGAUGGGGAAGCUUCAGAAAUCCACAUAAUCUGUUAGGGAGACAGACAGAAAUUAUUCCCACCAGAGGAGGCGGUGACUUAUCGGGACAGAUUCACAAAGAUAUCUAUCUCUCUUGUUUUUUGCACAGUAAAAACUCUAUAUUUGUGCCCCCAAAGAUUGGCAAUUUGCAGAUACAUAGGUGGUGGUAGGAAUGUGAAGACAAAAUAGAAGGCAGAGAGAGAAGCUCCCCAUUGUUUUGUGAAAAGUUUGGUCAUGGAAUUUUCAUAUAUUGUCAUUACAAGUCUAUAAUCAAAUGCAAGAGUCGCAAUUUUCCUAUAGUGUAAA